AUGAGCUCCCCCGCGAAGGCCCUAAUGGCAGGUAUGUCCCUUUACUUUUUUCAUUCGGUAGACGUCAUAUAAUGUGCCAAAAAUUAAAAUGUGGUCGCGACAACUUCGCCCUUUAUCCGGCUCUUGGACUUCCUUUAUAGCGUCUGUAAAAUUGGCCAACUUGGUUUUUGUUUUUGAAAAACAUUCAUAAUCAAAGCAACAGUGUAAAAAAGAUUGGAAGCAUUAUAUAUAAAGUGAUGUAGCUGAUAUUUCAGGUACUGACCAGGCCUUGGGAUGGACUGUGUAUGUACACUUUGUGUCACUUGCUCGUCUUGAGUUUGUCUGUGAAUAUUUCAGUGUUACGAUAUGAGAUGUGCAUGGUUGUCGACCCCAACAGCUAUUUACGAUAAGUCCCAGAUAGCAGUUUUCUUCUUCUGAGAACCGGCUUAUUGCCCCUAAGCUCCAGGCUGUGCAACAAUUGCAUGUAUAAUGGACGGCUUACUUAUAAUAAGUAAGUUUGGCAGGCUUAAAAGAGGAAUAUAUUUCAUCUCUUGCUUGCUUAUGUUCGGAAUCACAGUGACUAGAGAGGUGGGAGGUGCUACAAGGAAAGACGUACCACUCGUAAAUCCUAUUGAGAGUCCUUAUCGCUAUUUUAAGUUAUCAUGAUGACAGGAACCUUUUGUAGAAUAGUGACGACGACGAAAUACUUAAUAUGUAUUAUAGGGAUUUAGCAGGAUAAGAAAAUAUCCAAAAUAGUAAUACUUGUAGUACUGAUAAAACUGAAUGGAAAAGCCUAUAUUUAUAUUAAAUUAGGAUUGACAAUAACUCAGCAGAACUUUAGCACACGUGCAAAACAAUGCGGUAUAAUGCAGUGAAGUGCGCAUUGCAUGGAAAAACUCGUUUGAUAAAAUUCGUAAUCUGGGACCACUGUAGGUUCGAUUAUCAGCCGCUGUUAUUGUCUCACCGCUGUUAUGGCACCCCUGCCUAUUAGACAUUUAUUUAUUGUUCAUUGUUCAGUAACAGGCGAAGCUAAUAAAACAAAAAUAAAUUUAAAAAAUAACCUGGUGUACAAUUUGCCAUUUUGUUUCUCGGGAAAGAUCGCGAAAGGAAAAGGGAUAGAGGACCGGCUGAUCACAGGUUAAGAAAUUCGAGCCUAACUCGGUUUCGCUUGUCUGAUACCGAUCGACUGAGAAAGUGGCCCGAUAUUUCUCAGCCAAUCACAGAGGGAAGUCUGGCCACAGAUCAUGUCUUUACACGCGAAGGGCCAACAUCACCAAAAGCUGUCGAAGCGUUUUGAAAUUAUUGUAGCUGACUGAAAGAAUUUAGUUAACACCGGCUGUGUUAACCGUAAAGAUUUGCAUACCGUAAAGCCUAUAAUUAAGCCCCCCCUCUAAUAAGUCCCCCCCCCCCCCCUUUUUCUGGGGGAAGAAAGUUAUUAAGCCCUCCUCCCACCCUCUCUUUCAAGCUUCCUCCACUCCUCCUUUAUUCUUAAAUGAUAAAGUUAUAUUGAUUAAGCGUGACUGUAUCAUUUGCAGUGUGACUGAUCCGGUACGAUUUACCCACGUGCUACGCGUUCGGAUUUGUUUUUAAUCUUCGUCUAAAUCUGACUUCCAACUUCAUGUGCGUGUCAGCUUUUCCUACCACUUUCCUUCUAGUUUUAAUGAGGAAGACUUGAUUGCAUGAUACCAUUAUCUUUGCUUAAAUGAAAUAAGCUCCCUCUCUUUAAGCGUGCUUGAAAUAAAUCAGCCUCCCAUUGGGCUAAAAAGAGACUUAAUCACUGAACAGAUAUAGCGGAAAGACUGAACAUUGGAGUUCCAUUCACUAAAAUUUCCCCAAACUAUGGAAAACAGCUGUAGGAAAUCUAGGAAGAUUACAGAGUGUUACCUCGAAGUAAUAACAAAGUUCUAUAUAUAUCCUGAUAUAACAAAGUGUCGAGAAGUCCUCGGAAAAGCACACGGUUGUCUUCCACCCCCUAAUAGCAACUGAAUCUAAGGAAAAGGAACUCGAUAACGAAACCGUGAAUGUAUUCUGCCAGUCACUUGGCUGUUCGUUAUAUGAGGUUGUCAAUGUCUUUAAUUGGAAGCGUCAUUGAACGAAUUUUACGGCAGUGUUACUCUAGCUAAAGACUUCGGUAAUUUUAAAAAUAGCAUUGGUGUAAAGGGGAAAGUCCCGGUCCUGAAGUGUUUUUGAAAUUCAUAGACAAUUUUUUUAACUUUUUCUAGUGAAAUGUAAUCUUAGCUAUGAGAUCUCAGCUAUGUUGUCCAAAAAAUAUGAUGAUUUUAGUUGCUUUGGAAAGAAAGGUUGAGAUCAAGCGGGCCGGCCAGCUUGCCAUGGAUGAUACUAAUCGGCUCAAGUGAAGAGAAUCAGUGAAGCAGUGCAAAGGAACUCGUCUGACAUGCGCAACUCACUUAUUUAACCUGAAUGACAUCACCAGACAACAGUCAAUAGUUUCAGUAGUUAAAGACCACUGAUUGUUCAUUCCACUUGCAAGGUUUGUCGUUUUAAAUUAUGCUUCCUUCAGGUGUUACAGCCUUCUUCCUCUUCGGUUUGUUUCUUCAAGGUCUUCCGAGAGCUUCGUGUGGUGAGUUUCUCCUUUACUUGUCAGUUCGUUCUAACGACAAUACUUCUACUCAAACAUGACUGGAAGAUUAAUCCUUCUUUUAGUAGGGUAACCAAGUGAGGUUUAUCGUAUAGUCGUCGUUCCUCGGUUUCCAGAUAACUUACCCAAACAAUAAAACCUUUGCUUUGAAACUCGGGAAAUUUUUGUCGACGUGAGUCUUUGAGUCUUUUCUUUCUAUGCCUAAGUUUCUUGAUGGCCGGAAGAAAACUGUUGUGCAAAGGUAUGUAAAACAACGAAAUUAUCAACAUGCUAUUCUCACUAAAAUUUCAAUACUGGAGUCAAGGAAGUGGAUAUUAACCCUGUUGCUAACCACCUGGUCAUGUCUGAUUACACGUGUAUUUGUAAUUUUAUGCAUGCUGUCCACCGAUUGUAAAUAAUCUAGGUCAAUUAUCUGACCGUACACCGUACAUAGUAGAAAUUACAGUUACAAAGGAGUUUGUUUCCUUUUUAAAUACGUCAGGAUUUUUCAGCCGGAUUUUGUCAUGCAACUGCAAAUUAAGUUAUAGCGUGCAUAGCUGCAGGCCUGUCAAGUAUCACUCGAGCGCUGUAUUCUUAUGGCGAUGAGCCGCAAGAAGACUACGUCCUGCGCAAUGAGAUAAUUUCUUUAACUCCCGCUUUUGAAAAUUUUGUUGGAAGAGCAUAAAACGUCUUCAUCUUCAUCUUCAUUCAUUCUUUACCAUAAAGUUGGCCAACAUUAUCUUAAAGGGACAGGUUCACGGUUCAGCGCAUGCUCAUCAAUUAAAUUACGUUUUUCCAAUUUAUUAUUAAUUUUAUCGGUUAAUAACCCCACUGAUAUGUAUCUUAGCGAUCUCAGAGUGUAUUUCAAAGUAGAAGUGUAUUUCAGAGUAACAUGAAGCAGAAUGGAGAAGUACCAAAAUCGCAGAAAAAUCAGUGGAUUAUGCCAACACUACCAACGUUGAAUUUAUUGUUGACCCGAGGGUUUUAUUCCAUGGUUGAUUAAUUUACAGCUAUUUGCACCUAAGUUGAUCAAGUGACUGCCAGGGGAGUGUGCAGAUUGGUUCUUUGACAACAUUACGACAUGAUUAUAUUGCUUUCAUAGGCGAUAAAGCAUGUCCCAGUAGAAAAAUAGCAUUUUGAUUAAUGAGCAUGCGCUGAACCGUGAACCUGUCAAUUUAACAAAAGCAGAGACGUCAUAAUGACGUCAUUUGUUAUACGAAAGGAACUAGAAUUCCGAUCUUGCUUGCAUCUGCAAAAAAACAGGAUUUCGUACUACAGUGGAACCUCUCGGCAUAACGAACUUCUAUACUGAAAGUCCUCGGUAUGACGAACGAUAUUCUUAGCCCCAUUAAUAGUAUACAACACUAUCCCCCGAAGGAGAGGUGAGUCAUGGUGGGUACAAACCAAGACGCGAAGCGUCGAGGUAUAUAUCUAGCGCUGUUCACCGACCCUGAGGGGGAUAGUUGUUUUAGUGUUUACCGAUAGUUGAAUAAAAACAACAAAAAAAGUAACUUUUUGAAAAUUAAAAAAGUCACUUAGUAGGAACUUUGUUUACAAUUUACAAACAUUUUGGGGAUUUUUACAAGUGCAUUUUUACGAUUUUGUUGCAAAUUCAUCAUGAAAAUAAUUUUCUACCUACCAGUAAACACCGACAAGCCAAAGUUCGUCGCCUUCUUGGUAUUUGUUUGUACGACGGCUUCAUUUAUCGCUCAAAUUUCGUCUUCCGAAAAAGACGCCAUCUUUGGCUCCGGUCGCAAAACAGUGAAUAGCCAAGGAUACUCCGAGUUACUGGAGCCAAUCAAAACGCGCGAAAAUUGCUACUCACCGAUUUGGUAAAUACUAAGAAACCUCCUUAUAGCGAACGCAUUUAUUUUGUAAGUCCUUUGGCCCUUCAUUAUAUCGAGGUUCCCGCCACUCUAGUUCUGUGGUGGGUUUUUAACGGCUUUUUGACAAUAACGCCACCAAGAAAUAUUGUUAUCUCGCAUGUGCCGGCUCUGUUGCAGUAGACAAGGCCUGGGGAUUAUCUCCCAGAGUCAAUAUUAUUCGCAGUUUAAAUAUAAUCAAUUUUUAAAGCGCCGAGACGGAAAAUGUCCCCUCAAAAUGUAUUUGCGAUCACGCCGUGUGAGUGUGCAAGCCGCUUCCGAUCGAUUCAUCCAUUGCUUCCAAAAGCUGGCGAACAGAGAACAUUAACAGCAAAAAUUCUUGAUUUUGGGUUCUUUGUCACAGUCUUAGUCUCGAGAAGGCCUAAUAAAUCUGAUUUCAAUCGAAGAAAUGCUGUCGAAAAACAUCUAAAUUUCCACCCUCCGGCGCAAAUGUUUAUCAUUGCUCUCUAGAGUUAUCUACAUCUUAACUCGACCCAACACCGGCCCUCACAUUUGUUUCCCACGCAGCCAUUUUUUAAAUAGAGUAAUGGCGGCAAGACGAUUUCUAAAAUUACAGUCCCAAUAAAGACAUCUCUAGUGCGAAUUUUGACAUAAAACAUUGGCUUUAUUAACUGAGUUGAUAAGGUAGACCCGGCACCACUCAUUGGUUUAAUUGUCGCUGUGGACUUGCUGAUAUUUUAUAUAGAUUGGCAAACGUAGGGUGAUUGAGAUGACGUUUCGAGCGUUAGUCCGGAGCAAAUAUUUUAAAUAGGUUUUUUUUAUAUGAAUGAAUCCCUCUGGAGUUUGUAGACCUUAAUUAUUGUUAUUUUCCGCAUCAUUAUCAUCAUCAUUAUCAUCAUCAUCAUCAUCAUCGUGAUCGUCACGAUCGCCACUCACCAUCAUCAUCAUCAUCGUCAUUGUUAUUAUUAUUAUUAUAGACAAUUAUCAAUCAAGGGUAAAAAAAUAUUGUUAUGAUGUGUCGUUAGUGUAGAAGAGAAAUGGUCUGCGACAGUUACUGACAAAUCACGGUAAUUUACAGACGGGUUCAUUUAUUUUAUUUUAUUUUUCACUCUUGUUUUGUUUCAUCAUUUACAGCAUUAGGGAAAUGUGGAACAGCCCGCUCAGAUUCAACUCAUUUUCCCCUCUUAACUUUGAAUCGAUAACGUGGAAAAAGCAUUAAAGAACGAAAUUUCAGUGGCUAGCAAAAUGUUCUGCUUAAUUUUUAUUGUUUCGAGUUAACUGUCAGAUUGCAAUCCCGAAGCUUGCGGUCCCGCUAUGCUUGUUUCUCUCACCUUUUCAAGCAUUCUACCCAUUAAUUUAAUGAUUUUUGUUUUUCAACAAGAUGAUUUUGGAACAAUUGAGUACGUUUCUAUUGGUGUGUCAUUGGGAUUAGCAGCCUUCAUCGUAGGUUUCAUUGCGUUCUUUUGGUGGCGCGCGCAACAUGCCUACCCAAUGGAUGCCGGAGAAAGAAAUGCGGGAAUCGUAAGUACUGUUCUCGCCACUAGCCAAGAGUUUCAAUAAAAGCUUUUUUAUUAAUAGACCUGUCGAACCAAUGAAUGACAUUUCACGUGUCUGUAAUGUACCCGCAAAUGAUCCCCCGAGCGAAAAUGAUCUCCAAAAAUGGACCGCAAACGGCAACGUUCUCAACUUAAACUGGGUCAUUGUGUCAAGUUUAUGAUCAUAACAAUUAUUAAAAGCAUCAAACUGCAAAUAAAUGCAAAAAAGGAGGUAACAUAAAAAAAUCCAUUUAAAACUUUGUUCAUUCAAUGAAACACAAGUAAAUGUGUUGUUCAACUACUCAGCACCAUUCCCGGGCGAAUGCUGCCUAAAGCUAGUUGCCUAUACGGGGAGGCCCCGUCCAAACCCCGUUUCUGAUCGUAGGUUACAUCACUUAGAGUUAAUCAAGACUGAAAUUAAUAGGAGAAACACUCAGUCACUGAAGCAAGUGUCACAUUCAAUAUCAGGGAGCUUAAGCAACGACGACGCGGACGGCAACGAGAACGGCAAAAAAGCAAUAGGUUUGAUUAGCAAAAACAACAACUUUGCACGUGCAUCACGCUCUUUUGUACAUUUCUUUGCCGUCGUUGCCCAACUACGACGCGAAAGUGCAUGAAUUCACGUUUUGUCGAGGACGGAAACACAAGACAACAACCUUCUUUUCUUUCCCUGAACUUUGAUACAGUCCUUUAGAAUUCAACUCCAAAAACAGUUGCCAACAUUCGACGAAGUAACCGAGAUGGAAUAAGCGCGAUAAAGUUUGAAGCGGUGCAAAUUCACUUUUUAAGUGACGUUUUUGUAGCCGUCGCCGUCGUUGUUGCUUAAGCUCCCUAUACACAUGCGCACAGCCGUAUCUACCGGGCAGUGGAAGCCAUAGAUAGCUGUCCGACCCUUAUGAAAACUUAUCAGCAAGGCAUAGCCAUAGGACUAAAGUUGGGCUGGAUGGGAUUUGCCUAAUUGCCCGGAUGAUAUAACUGUGCACAUGCGUACUUAAGGUAUUGGCCGAGACUGUCACUUGCGGUAAAGUGUAUUCCUGAUUAAAAUAAACACUUAUUCUAAUUGCCUGUUUUUCAAACCCAGAGGCGAGGGAUUUUUUCUUGCUACGAAAAUGUAUUAUGGUCCUAUGUGUCUAUAUAUUGUGAGAUUAUAAACACUAUUUAAUUAACAAUUUUUCUUCGUGUUUUCAGUAUAAUUCCGCAAUUGCUGCAGACCAAACAGGACAAAGAAAUGUGCAAGGCGUUUCAACCAGCCAGCUGUGA